AUGGCCGUUCCAUUGUUGUUGUUUAGAGCAGACUUGCGUCGUUUUAUAAAGUCGACUGGGACACUUCUGUUGGCUUUCUUGCUAGGCUCAGCUGUCAACUACGUUGCCAUAUCUGAAGCCCUUUGUGUUUCUCCAUCAGUUUUGGCUGCUGGUCUAGCUGCUGAUAAUGUCAUCUGUGCAUUUGCUUAUCUUGCACCAUCUGGUGAGGCUAUGGCUUUGAUUCUAAUGCAGGUAUUUUUUGCUGUGAUUGGUGCUAAUGGAAGCAUAUGGAAUGUCAUAAUCACAACACCCAGUAUCUUUAUAUUUUCUCUAGUGCAAAUAGUAGUCCAUCUUGCCGUGAUACUUGGGUUUGGAAAGUUCUUUCGCUUUUACUUUUGGCAUCAAAUGCAAAUGUUGGUGGCCCUACAACGGCAUGUGGAAUGGCCACAGCAAAAGGGUGGAGUUCUAUAUAUGGUUGUUCCUGGCAUUCUUGCAGGAAUUUUUGGAAUUGCCAUUGCGAUUUUUCUCGGCAUUGUAUUUGGCGUCAAAGUGUUAAAAUACAUGUAA